AACCUCAUAAGUUCAUAACGAGUGCGAAAAAUCCUCACUCUUUCUCUCCCUAAAAACACAAAACCCCCCAAACCACAAACCCUAACUCCAGAAACCCGUCCCAUUCGUCGUCGUCGGAGAGAGAACAAGCGCGAUGGAUGCGAUUCGGAAGCAGCUAGAUGUGUUAAUGGGAGCAAAUCGAAACGGAGAUGUAACAGAAGUUAAUCGCAAGUAUUUCGAUCGAGAUGUUUGCCGUCUAUUCUUAUCUGGUCUUUGCCCUCACGAGCUUUUCCAGUUAACGAAAAUGGAUAUGGGGCCAUGUCCGAAGGUGCACUCAUUGCAAUUACGGAAAGAAUAUGAAGAAGCAAAGGCCAAGGGUGUCGAUAACUAUGACCGGGAUUUGGAAGAUGUCAUAGACAGGCUCAUUGUUGAAUGUGACAGAAAAAUUACCAGAGCUCUCAAGCGUCUUGCAGACGAGGAUGCUAAAGCUGCUAUUGCAAUUUCAGUGUCUGAUGUCACCCAGACAGAAGAGAUCAUAGAGUUGUCAAAGGUGAUCAGACAGAAGUUGGAUGAAGCUGAUCAGUCUGAUCUUGAAGGUAAAACAGAUCUUAAAAUCCGAGCUUUGGAAGAAGUUGAAGAAAUGAGAAUAAAAAGAGCUGAUAAACAGUCGAUGCUUCUUUUGGAUGCUUUUAACAAAGACCGAGCCUCUCUGCCUCAGCCACUUCCCAAUCCUCCUCCAUUGGCUCCCUUACCUAUGCUUGCUCCUGAUGCUCGCACUCAAGAAUUGAUCAACGAGAAACUGAAGAAAGCAGAGGAUCUUGGUGAGCAAGGAUUAGUUGACGAAGCACAGAAAGCAUUAGAGGAAGCCGAAGCACUGAAGAAGCUUGCACCUAGGCAGGACCCUUCUGCAGAUUCGGCAAAGUACACUGCCGCUGAUGUUCGCAUUACUGAUCAGAAGCUGCGUGUCUGUGAUAUUUGUGGAGCAUUCUUGAGUGUUUAUGACAGUGAUCGUCGUUUAGCAGAUCAUUUUGGGGGAAAGCUUCAUUUGGGCUACAUGCAAAUCCGUGAGAAAUUAGCUGAGCUUCAGGAAGAAAGGAACAAGAAGCGCAAGGUGCUCGACGAAGAUAGAAGGUCGAGAGAGCGCAGCCGUGAAGUUGAACGUGCUCCCAGUAAGGACAGGGAGAGAGGGGAUAGUCGUGAACGAAGGGAUUAUGACCGGAGAAGCAGGGAGCACGAUAGGUACAAUGACAGGGAUCGUGGUUAUGACCGUAACCGUGAAAGAGAUAGGGAGCGUUCCCGCAGUCAUGAUUCAAGAAGUCGCCGAAGGUCUCGUUCGCCGUCAAAAGAACGCUCCAGGGACUAUGGUCGUGAUUAUGAUCGUAACAGGCGUAAUGAUCGAGAUCGAUACUAGAGCUUCAUUUGCUGCAUUCUCAGCAUGAACAAGUUUGUUAUUCUUGCUGUGUAGUUCUCUGUUACUUUUCUUUGCAUCUUUUUUUCCUUGAGACAAAAGUAAAGUAUUUUAAGGUUGUGGACUUUGUGCGCGCGUCUACAGUUAGGUUAUUGAAGGAGGUGCUGCUUUUGCUAGUUUGGAGAAAGAGAACGAUAAUUUUCCCGUGUAAUAGCCUAGAAUCGAUGUAUGAGUAGAAAAUCCUGGUUAUGUUGAGAUGGGAUAUUCCGCUUAAUUCUCUCCA